GUGAAGGUCUUGCCAUGACAAUGGCAACACUGUGUAGGAGUAGACUUUCGUCUAUGUUUGGUUCAUGUGUACGUCGCAGCGAGAGUGUACUAGUGUAGAUCCUCGUCCUGCUGAUGUCAUCGUCAUGAAAACGAUACUAGCCAGUACUAGCAGUGAGGAUUUCAGUGCUGGCACUAGUGCUAGCAGCACACUGUAAUGCUGCCACUUGGUGGCGCCAUCGUAUUAGAGCCGACGAGUAUGUAAACAGUAACAGGGUAUACCGGGGACGGGGCAAGCAGCAGCGGCGUACUAUUAUGUGGAGGGAGUAAAAACCAGAGGAGAAUACGGCGAACAAGUGGAGGUAGUAAAUGUGUAAGGUAGGGCUGUUAUUGAGCCUUAGCAUCGCUUCUAUGAAAGUAAAGGCACAUACUCAGGAGGCUGAUACUGACUGCGUUGACCUAAGGAGUAGGGUUUGGUAAUGGAGGGUAGGAUCGGAGUUAUGAGUUUGGAUUGGCGUGGAUCUACGAAGUCUUGUUUUGAUAUGAUAGCGUUAGUCUCAAAUUCUAGCCAUAGCCACGCAUAUACUUCAGAUUUGUUUGACUUGAGCUAGAAACUUUGAGCAUUUGGCUGAACUUUGGACAUUUGGUCAAACUUUGGACAUUCAAGUCUAAAGUUGAAAGUAGAGAUUCUAAAUUUUCAGUUUUAUGUCAUCUUUUUCGAAUUCAUUUCCUGGUGUGACCUUUUCGUGUCUUCUGUUUGGUGUUAGUCUUGUUCUAGACUAGAUUUCGUGUGAAUUGGAGCUUCUCUUCUAAAGUUUUACACUUGAAAACCUAAAAUUUCACAAAAUUUUCAGUUAUAUCUCAUCUUUAUCGAAUUCAAUUCCUGACGUUCGCAAAGAAUCAGAUAAGACUUCUCCAAUUCUUUGCUUCUCUUGGGUGCCAGUAGAUGCAUGACUAUUUUUCAUCCUUUCAGGCCGAUGCUGCCCAUUGUGGCAAGGUGUAUACCUAUGCUGUAUUCCCACUGUAUUCUCCUCAAAACGAUAUGCGUCUAUUCUCCUUUCUUGCGUGUAAAGUAACUGGAAAGUAGUGCUUAAUGUGAAAAAAGCUGUGCUUGAGCAGCCUUGGAUAUCUAGCAGCAUCUAUCAUGAGGUACUUAGAAAGUCGCGUUGUGUUGUGGAGUUCUACUCCGUGAUGUCGAUCCUAUACGAUGUAAAAGAUCUCACAUACUCGCUGUUGUGCUCUAUCUUUUGAGCACGAUCGUCGUUUCUUGCUCUUCAUGCCAUGGGCGAUGGAUCGUUUCACGCCCUUGAGGAACUGACGAAGCCACUUCUCAAGCGGUUACAUUAUGAUUUGGCUAAUUUGGAAUUCGAACUAUUGUCUCCUGUAUUUCUUCUCAUAAACUGUUAGACCAACAAGAGCAAGCUUUUUUAUUUUUGCCCACCCUUACUUGACCUUACUUCCAGGUAUGACGUGACGGCUCCGAGAAAAUCCGGGAAAGUCCAGCGUCGGUUUUGAAGACGGUACUCGAACAUGCACCGAAAGUGGACCACAGUUCUCUCCAGUUCAUUGUGUCCAUAUUGUUAUGGUGAUGGAGGAUCCUGUUGUCUUGAUUGUACAACGUACUAGUCCAAUUGAUCAUUGAAGCUUCUGGCUCAUUGCUUGAAGGUUGUAUUUUGAUGUUACACCUCCUCUACCUUUUUUACGUUUUCUUAGAUGGGUACAGCGACAACAUUGCGCUUGAAUCUUGAGACUGCAACUUCUCAACGCGAACAAGGAUUUUCACCUUGCAAGCUAAAUAUGGCUUCAAAACAACUUGUUCCAUACUUUGUGGUCUAAUUUCCGUUUACAGAUUGGGAUCCGAAGACCUAGACGGCAUUUGUUUUUGCGGCAUGAGAGGAGACUAUUCUGAGGGGCGAAAAAGAAGCUGUAUUAGUUAGACGAAGGUUUCUUCCCUCCGCACCCACAACGAACAACUGAGAGAGUAUUCCAACGCCAGGUAUUGGGUUUUAUUGACGAGCUGACCGGUCUACUACGAGCACUUCUUAUGGGUUCUUACGCUGGCGUCAAGAUGAUUGGAUGUGAGACGAUGGCGACCUUCUUAUGAAAGAACAAAAUCCAUGCUCUUGACUUGUCAAUAUUCAUGCUUGCAGUACACGUCAUGCAGCCAUUUUGUGAUCUUGUGGCGCCUCCAUGUGGAUAUCGACGACAACCAUUUAGACUACAGAACAACAACAUUCCACACCCCUGCUUUCAUACCCUUGUUACAACCACGAAGACGCUCUCCUGCACUUUACGGAGCCCAUGGGACGCAGCAUUACGAGCUGUCUGGCCCACAAUCACUUUCGUUGCAGGCACGCCUAUGUAGCUAGAUUGUUGGAGAUUGUUGAUAUACUCGCGUCAAACUACUGCAUAGUAGGAGGAAAAGAGUCCCCGAAAACGCCCACUGAUUCUUGCAAGGUACAACCAGAGACCAGUCGUCGUUUAUGACAGUCAAGGCAAGGCAAAGAAAGCACUUUUCUAGUGAGAGCGCGUCGGCCUCUACCGCGUAAACCUCGAAGGGAGACAUACAAGGAGAGGGAGAUAACACCAGUUGAGACGCCAGCGGCAGUAGUGCGGACAGUAUACGCCUUGCUUUUUCAAAUAGAAGUAUCGCUAUGGCCAGUUUUUUACUCCGUCAGCAUGAGAGGUAGAUGACGAGGUAGACGUAGACGCUUUAGAGGU